UCUAAACCACUCAUUUUUCACUAAAGCUGAAAGCAAAAUUAACCACCAUGAGGCUGGGGGUGUCUCUCCUGCUGGUCACGCUGGCCCUUUGCUGCUACCAGGCCAAUGCAAUAGUCUGUCCAGCCGUUGUUAUUGAUACAGAAAACUUCUUAAUCAUGCCUAUGGAGAUGUUUAAGAACGCAAUUAAAGUAUUUCAUGCACCACCAGAUGCUGUUCAGGCAAAGUUGCAAGUGAAGGAAUGCAUUGAUCAGAUGCCCAGAGAAGACAUACAUAAAAUUGAAGCUAUACUGAUGAAAAUGCUUCCUAAGUGUCUCUAGUUACAAAAGAUAAUAUAUUCUGUUUCCACUGUCCUCCAAUGAUACCUGAUUUUCAAUGCAAACUGCAAAGGUUUCAACGUCUUGCUUUAAUAAACUACUUG